CAAUCAGACCAGCGUCUAUCGUGCCGAACAACCAUCGACCGCAUGGAAAUACACGUGUAGUAUACCCUCGCUUUAUCCUCUCCCUCUCACCUCAACUUCAUCCACAGUCCUCAUCCAUUCGCCCCUUCUUGUCCCACCACUCAGCCCAUCCCCAUCUCUUGUCAUUUGCUUCAUUGCGCCAUCAUGUCCGGUAGCUCGGAAGGCCAAUGUAUCAGACUUGAAGUUAUAAGCGGAAAACAACUUAAAGUCCCUUCCACGCGCAUGCCCGCAGGCAUUUACGUGUCUAUCAAACUCGACGAGACAAGACGCUGGAAGUCAGCUGUCCGAGUUCCAUCUUUUGACCGUUCCGUAGUUUGGGGCGAUAUCGUGACCUUAUCAACAGAUGUGUCACCUAGAUUAUCACUGGAGAUCCGUGCAUCCUUUGAACUCGGUCGAAUGCUAGGGCAGGGAGAACUCAUUGGAGAACUUGGUAUCUUCUCGAAUGAGCUCCUCGAUCAUGGAGUCGAGCCUUUCGAUAUGUCCUUCCCUCCCAUUCGAGGCGUCUGUCCUUCUCUCACGCUGAAGGCCACUUCCGUGCAUGAUUGCAAAAACGACGACGGUGAACUGUUUGAUUCCAUCAUCGACUGCGAGACUGCUCGAGAUACGGAUGCAGGACACACGAGAUUGACCAAAUACGUGACCAGCAAGAGCGUCUCUGACCUGAACGAUGCUGUGGAGCAUUUUCAGGGGGUUCUAGACCGGUGUCCGGUCGGCCAUCCCGACCAUGCAGCCGCACUCACUAACCUUUCGUGGGCCCGCCUUAAAGGCUAUAUUAGAAAGGAUCUUCAAGACAUUGACUCUACCGCCUCUCUAUUCCGCGAUGCCCUUGCAUCGCGUCCGAAGGGCCACCCCGAUAAUCCCAUAUCUCUCUAUCACCUCACCUUAGCGUUGGGCUGGCGCUAUAGCAACCAACGUACCACCGCCGAUAUGCGCGAAUCCGCCCGACUCUACCAUGAGCUACUGUCUUUUUGUCCCGAGGACACCUAUCUUCAUAGCAUCGCGGUAGAGGAGAAUGGUGCGGGUUAUGUGAUCGCGGCGUGCAACAAUCUUCCGACGGACACAUCCGAUGAAGGCAUCCAACUUCGACGAAUCGUGCUCGAGUUAUGUCCUCUGGGUCAUCACCGCCGUCCAAGAGCCCUUGACAAUCUCUCAAGCGCACUCGACGCAUCGUUCAGACAAUCGGGCAGCAUAGAGGAUAUAGACGAGAGCAUACAACUUCGUCGCGAAGCCCUUUCUCUGUGCCCCGAGGGACACCCUGGCCGUAAUGACUACUUGCAUAACCUAGCCCUUUCAAUCCGUAAACGCUUCGAUCACCAAGGCAGACCUGAUGAUCUGGACGAGGCCAUCUCUCUGCAUGAAGAAUCACUGGACCUGCGCCCUGUUGGGCAUGGAUCUCGUCAUGAAUCAUUAAUGAGCCUAGGGGGCGCCCUCCGCACGCGUUUCCAGAAACAUGGUGACAUUAAUGACAUCAACAGAGCCAUCAGCCUCCGUCGCGAGGCACUGGCAUUGUGCCCACCUGGGCAUCCACGUCGUGACACCAUGCAUAACAACCUUGCCCUCACGCUCAAAAUCAGAUAUAACAAAUUGGAUGGCGGCGAGGAUCUUAACGAGGCCAUAAAUCUGUAUCGCGAAUCCCUUCAGUUAACGCGACAUGAUCAUUCAGAGCGCCAUAGUUAUCUUUCCAAUUUGAGCUCGGCACUCCGCUCUCGCUUCAAGGAAACUCAGAACAAUGAAGAUAUUGAAGAAGCCAUUAGUCUCUGCCAAGAAUCAUUGGCGGAUUUACCUCUGCUGCACCCUGAUAGAUGCACCAGCUACACAUGGCUGCAGGAGGCCUAUCUGUCUCGCUACGAGAUGCAACACAACUCUACUGAUUUGUCACUUGCAGUGGAGAAUUUCAGACUGGCAUCAAGACAUCCCACUGCAGGCUUGCCGCGACGCAUCAUUGCAGCAUAUUGUUGGACUGUCACAGGGGAGCAGCAUAGUCAUGGAUCUGCAUUGGAGGCCUACACUACUUUUUUCGAGCUUCUUGACGCUCAUCUGGCCACAUGGUCAUCAACCACUUCGCGGCGCAAAGCUGCUGCUGCCUUCUGUGAUUCCAGAACACUCCCUGUAGACGCUGCGUCGUGUGCCUUGCGCCAUCAUGACCCACAAAGAGCCGUCGAACUCGCGGAGCAGGGCCGUGGCCAGCAGUGGUCGCUGGCCUCCCGACUUAAGACUCCGCUUCAAGAUCUUGAAUCAGCAAACCCGAAACUGGCUCACAAGUUCUCGGAGCUAAGCCAGCGCAUUGCCAACACUGCUCAGGGGUCUGCAUCCGUCACCGACAGAGCUGCUGCUGAUGUAGCAGCAAGAGAGUACAGGAGACUUACGAAGAAAUGGGAAGCUGUGGUGGCAGAAAUUCGCAAUGUUCCAGAUUUCUCGCAAUUCCUGCUCCCACUCUCGUACAGGGAUUUGCAGGCAGCAGCGAGCCAUGGCCCAGUUAUCAUCCUCAUUGCAAGCAGCUACUCGUGCAAUGCUGUUAUUGUCCCGACUUCAGGAGAACCCCGCCAUGUUCCCUUCUCGUCUGUUACUCUCGAACAUCUCGAGAUGCUCAAGAACGACUUCACCAGGGAGAUACGGCAUGCAGGUCUUAUGGGCCCAACGGAGCCGAGGAAGGAUUUGCGGGUACUCUUGCGGAAAAUAUGGGACGUGAUCAUGCUACCUAUUGUUAAUGUCCUCCAGCAUGAUCUGAAAUUGCAGCGCCGGUCUCGAAUAUGGCUGUGUCCCACAGCAGCCUUCACAUCCAUUCCUCUCCAUGCAGCUCACCCCUUUCGCACGAAGGAACCAUGCCUGGAGGAUCUUUAUGUCUGCUCGUAUACGCCAACACUGUCAGCUUUGAUCAGGUCUCGACAGAUGAUGAAGACCCGCACGGCCCCUCCGUCCUUCGUGGCGAUUGGGCAAAGUCAACCAGGUGCUGGGCAAGGCACGGUGCUCGCUGCUGUCGACAGUGAGCUCGAGCUCGUCCAUAAACUCAUUCCCCCCAGUGUCAAGUUCACCACUCUUUCUGGCGACGACGCUACACAGGCAGGUGCACUCGAUGCUUUGCGAUGCAACACCUGGGCGCACCUCGCUUGUCACGGCAAGCAGGACCGUGAGCAGCCUUAUAAUUCACGCUUCGCAAUGAGAGAUAAACCUCUCACGCUGCUGGACAUCAUGGGGAAUGAUGCUCCGCAGGCUGAAUUUGCGUUUUUAUCGGCAUGUCAUACCGCCGUCGGCGAUGAGGAGACACCAGACGAAGUCAUCCACCUCGCUGCUGGUCUGCAAUUUUCCGGGUUUAAGAGCGUCAUUGGUACUCUUUGGGGGGUCGACGAUGCUGUUGCAGAACAUGUCGUCAAAGCUUUUUACGAGAAUAUGUUCAAGAAGGAGGGUGUCAUUGACUGUACAAGGGCAGCCUUGGCACUCAACUAUGCUACCAACGCCGUGAAGAAAAAAAUACCGCUCGAGCAGAAAAUUGUUUUCGUGCAUAUUGGUGUGUAGUUCUAUGAUGUCGUAUUGCUUUCAUCUCGUACAGAUCUCCAAGUCGUUGAUAUUCCAUUCUCUUCUGCUCACUACUUCAAGUUUUGUAGGUUACCAUGUUACUCUUGUGGUAUCUUGUCGCAUUCUCGCUCGUGUUGUUGUCUACUCUGUAUUCGAAUUUAGAUGUUUGCCGCAUCACCGAGUCCUGCUUGAGUACGAGUCGACUCGCACCUUCCACCCAUUCUUCUACACCUCAAGAUAGACGUAUGCUAUUU